GUCACUACGUACCCAAUACGUCAUGUCCCAAAACAGCUGCAGCCUGCUUUAGUUAGAGCAACGGUUGUUGUUAUUGUUUGUAGCGCCGACAUACUGCUAUCCCGAAUCAUAUUUCCACUUUUCCUCCCUUGGCUUUUCAGGUCGCUAUUCAUAUCUCAUAUAGCCGUGGCUGACAGCUGAGCAUAAAGAGGCAAAACUGUGUGAGAUUCCUCAAACAUAGCUAGCAUAGGCUAGCACUUUCCAACGGGCACGGUCCUCUUGAGAGUUGCUUUUGCGGUUAUGGCGUGGACGGGACACGGAGCUCCGUUUCAUACAAACGAUAAGCAGAAUGGCGACCCAAAUUCGCCAGCGAGGACUUUAACUGGUGUCCCUCCCAGCCACCAGUCACCGUCGUCCCACCUUUGUGAUUGCCCCAUGGCGUCACUCUGCCAGAGCCAGCAGCGCUGUGUGAAAGCCUCCAUCGUUUCCAGCUGGCGGCUGGCUGAAGCGCAGGAUCAGAUGUGCUCUUUGGGGGUCCACAGCUCUGAGUCCAUGGAACAGGAGCGAGCGCGGACCCUCGUCUGCCCGACUGAACUCACAAACACAGAGGAGGAGUGGCGUCGCAAGGAGAGCAUGCUGGCAGUCCCAGAGCCCAGUCGCAGUCCCGUCCUCGGUGCCACUGGAAGUUGGGACGUUUUUGAUAAGAGUAUUAUUAAUUUGCACCAUCAACCUGUGGAAAUGGAUCAGGACACCUGCAAAACAUUUCUCCAGAAAUAUGAACAAGAGCUCAGGCAUUUUGGUAUGUUACGGAGAUGGGACGACAGCCAGCGAUUCCUUUCACACAUGCCGCAGCUCAUCUGUGAGGAAACAGCAAAUUUCUUAGUCCUGUGGUGCAUUCGACUACAGCAAGAAGGGAAAGAAGCACUGAUGGAGCAGGUGGCGCACCAAGCCGUGGUUAUGCAGUUUAUCUUAGAAAUGGCCUCAAAUUCUCAACAAGACCCUCGUGGCUGCUUCAGGCAAUUCUUCCACAAAGCGAAAGAGGGACAGGACGUCUACCUUGAAGUCUUCCGAGCAGAACUUGACGCCUUCAAACAAAGAGUUGAAGAAUAUGCAGCGAAAUGUAGAAAUGACGCUUUGAACGUUGAUCAUCAGGGCUUUGACACAAACUGUAGACCUAACACCAAAGUAACAACAGAUUUUAUAUCACAGGAGGAUCCUGAAUUCAAGAUGAAGCACUGUUUAGAGGCUGGACUGUGGACAAAUACAGGAAAAUGGACAAAGGACGACACUACAGAAACAGAAGACAUCCGGAUGAUGGAGAUAUAAAGACUGUUGCCUCGACUCCUGCUUUCCUCCCAUCUCACUCGUCGGUCCACAUAGCAUUUAUUGAGUCUGUAAGCCUUCAUCCAGCGCAGCAGGCUGAAACGGCAUUACAGAGCAGGAAUAAAUGGAGACAUGAUCAUCCUUUGUGUUGCCUCUUUCAGCAGAACCAAGAGGAAGUUAUGUUUUGCUCAUGGUAAACAUUUUUUAACAUUUCAUUUGCAUUUGGCUACUGCUGCAGAGUGUCCUGCUAGCCAAUAAAUGCUUAUGCUAUGCUGUAGUGUAACCUCCUCUGUUUUCUUAAGAUGAAACUGAUGUUUUGCUGUUCUUAAAACACAGAGAAUUCAAAAAGUACAGACAACAAUUAAUGUGAAAAUCUAAGAGAACAAUAUCUGAAAAAUCAGGAGCUUUGUGAUUUGCUAAGCUGAAUCAGAAAUGUGAUUGGCUGUUGACAAUGUGAAGGGGGAAAAUGCUUUGAAUUAAGUUUAUUAUCAGCCUGUUUGUAGACAAAUCUGUAUGUGUAAGAGUUUCCCAGCUACAUGUACCUUAUUGGUAUACACACCGUUAUGUUAUGUAUUACAAAAUCAUGUGCAGUACAGGCCUUACUUCUCCAACUUACUCCUCUGAACAAUCUGGAUUUUUUUUUUUUUGCCCUAACCUCACCUACAAGGAGCGGUUAAAGUGAACAUGUUAAAUGAAGCAGUUGUUUGUUGUAAUGAGCAGAGGAAAAAUAAAUAAUGUGGUUACAGUUUUUGCCAUUUAUUUUCUCUAAUCACCACAUCAGUUUGAUCAGGUUUUCUCCCAUUUUCACUGCUGAUCUCUCAGGCAAAGCUGCUGCAGUCAGUCUGGACUGUUGCACUGAUGUACCAAAACCAGUAAAGAAACAUUUCAAGAUGGUAACCUUUCUAUGCUUUUGCCACCAAGAGUCACCUGUUUUAUAGUUUGUGUGGUUUUAUGGUAUUUAUAGUUGAGACAGCAAGAAUGUUAGCCAUCAGUGGCUUUAAAUUGUUGUUUUGAACACUUGUGCCGAGUAAACAAGUGAACAGCUGAUGCACUUUAAGGAUUACUGUAAGUAACUCCCUCUCAAAACGUAUCCCAACAUGUUGUCCAGAAAGGUUUAGUCUAAACCCCAUUAAUAAACUGAAUUUAAACAUUUCAUGCUUAAAAAGUACAAUAUACAGCAUAUUUUUAAUUUACAGUGUUCUUUACAGAUGGCCUCAUGCUGAGUCAAAUGGGAUAAAUGUUUCAUAACAUUUAAAAAAAAUGUAUGAUAUAUUCUCAAUUGAAUUACAGUGUAAACCUGAAUUGGACCUCUUUAAUGCAUGAAUCUGUCCUGAUGGCCCCUCAGCACCACUCUUAAUUCUUUGCAGCCUUUCACAGGUUUCCUUUCAGGAUUUUUCUGAGUUGAGCUCCAUCAGUCUGCAAAUCAUUUUUCUAGUUUUUUCUGUACUUUUAGGUAGUUUUCCAUUUAUCCCGAAUGAUUUCGUAUUUUGAGUGAUGAACAAAACCUGACUUUAUGAGAGAUGUUUAAAGUUUUGGAUGUUGCUUAAGCUCUUUAAGCUCUCAGGUUUCAUCAGAUUGCAUGUACCUGUUAGUUUAUAAUAAAGCUCAGCAGUAAAAAAAAAUAAUUCAGCUGACUUGUGUAAUAUACAAAAAAUAACCAUGUUCAAUAUGAAAGGUGUAAACAGCAGGCGUUAUCCAGAUACUGUCUGGAUUUUAAAGAGAUGAAAGUAAAUUCUUCUUUCUGGAGAAAUGGUUGUUCUAAUUGAGAUUUUAGCCAACCCUUCCAGCUAUUGUCUCUGAUCAAGUUGUUCUGAUAGAAACCAAUUGCACGUAGCUAACAUAGGCCAGCUGUAUCUGAAAUCAAGACUUAAGCAUAAGUGUCUAGUGUGGGUUUAGCUUUAAGCAGGACAUCUGUAAAAAAAAAAAAAGCAUCAGCACUAGGUGGAAAAGGGCUGAUCCAAAAGAUUGUGUGUGUGUGUAACUAUAACUAUUUCAUUAAACAUAUUUUUAGAUGAAAAACACUAAUAGGCAAUUCAUAUAAUUAUAUAAUUUAUUUUUUAAUUUCUAUUUCCCCAGUCAAGCUGAACAAAUGCAGACAUUAGCAUUGCUUGUUACAAACUUCCAUUUUAAACAUGUCACCAACUGUCUACAUUUUCUCAUCGCCGUGGAGCUUUUACCUCAACAAUGGGCUCCCGUUUUUCUGUUCCCAUGGUAACAAUUUCCAUGAUCUUAACAAUCUGAUCUGCAUAAAACAAUGUAAAAAUUUGCUGAGCAACACCAUCGGUGAGAUGGGUUUUGCAGUUAGGGGAAUGUCAUUUGGGACUACAGGCAGAUGCAUGAUGCAUUGGUUUUGCAGCUCUGAAUCCUUAUUUCCAGCAUCUGUUCUGCAUUCAGCUGCUCUUUACCACUACACACAGAAUGACUUACAUGCAUCAAAACUCAAUCAUGUGCUGUGGCCGACUGUUAUUGCUUUCAGUUGCCUCUUUAAAAAUAAAGGCAAAAAUAAUUGACAUCAGUUCCAUGAGUCAUGCUUUGCUGCAUUUUGACUCCGAUUUUGUUACUCAGCCUCCGUGGAGCAAAGCAGAGCUUCUGCCUGUGAGGGUUGCAUUGAUACAGAUACUAAACGAAAAGAAAGAAAACAUCCUCAGCAUUACAUUUAUUACUGAAAUUUUUGUCUAAUUUUUAGUGUCAUAUUACGGUGCUGGAAUAAAGAGGACAUUUGUUCAAAAGCUUUUUAGGCAUUUACCAAUCAACCAAAACAAAUAUGGAGAUGUGCAUGAUGUCUGGUUUUAGUCAAUAAAUGUGCAUGUGGACCAUUAACACUAAAAUUGCCCAAUGAGACAGAAUGACAGAAUAUUAAACUACUGACACAGAUAGAGGAUACAGUCCUGCUGUCAAAGUCAAUAAAUGGUAAACAAUGAAAGAAAAUACACAUUGUCAUUCAAGUGUACAGUACAAGACAUUUAUUGUGAUUCAUAAAUAUCUGAGUUGUACAUGAAAAGAUGGUUGUUGCAUUUCAACAAUGCAUGGAAGUGUUUAAAAAACCAGAAUGACCACAUACAGUACACUGCACAGAAGCAUUAUUAAGGCUUUUUCACAGGGUAAACAUUCAGAACAAUGUGCAAAACCUGCAAGCUCAUACCUUUCAACAACAUUUGACCCUGUAUAACAUGUGUCCAUGUAUGUGUUCAUCUAUUUUUCUGCUGUCAGGUCAGACUAAAUAAAUGCCAAUUAUCGCUCACAGGGAAUAUAGUCACAACGAGGAAUGGAUGAUGAAAUGUAUAAGAAUGGAGUGUUUCAGAGGCAUCACUUGUAAGACCUGAGGUGGUUGAAAGUAGCUGUUAAGCAAUUCUUGUAAGAAUGAAAAAAUAUCCAUUAUUAUAAAUGUCCAUUUAUAAAUUAUUUAAAUUGGUCCAUGAUUAGAGGAAAACAAAGUGUUUAAAAAUCCUGCCUUUAUCAAGCUGGACAGCAGCAAAAGGCACAUAUAUGAGAAUCAAACCCAACAGCAUGUUCUGCUUAAAGGAAACAGCCACUGCAGAAGAAAUGGGCCACAUUAUACUGAGAUGCACACUUGUUACACUACAACAAAAUAGCCUCCUUUCCAGGAUUUAUGAUUUUUAAAAAAGCUGCUGAUGAUGUUUAGCUCAUGCCAACAGGUUGUGUGUGUUGGGAUUACAUUUAGAAGAAUUAUACCUGGUUUUGUUCGUGCCAAAGCAGUUCCUCCUGCAGCAUCUUGUGGAAUGUAACCCCUUCAUGUUGUGCUCCUGCAAAACUUCAAGUUUGAGUCAGCUGUUAACUUCUGACUACAUAAAGGCACAGAGUGGACACACUAACAGCAAAUGGUUAAAAAGAUUUGAGGCACACACUCAUCUGAGUUCUCCCCAAAUUAUUUCAACAACACAGAGGUUUUAAGAACAUUU